UCCAACUACGCCGGGAGCGAGUGUCUAUUGCGCUGGCAUGGAUGGAUUGUUAUAUACGGCCGAUUUCGGGUGCGGUCUGGACUCUCUCAUGUCUCCCGUCUGAGAUGUGGCCUCAGCCCGUGUCAACCCGAGGCCUCACCCUUCGUCCAUCUGGUCAACCACAUCCCGGACUGAUGGGGAAUCAUAGCUGCCUUGUCGCGAGGUCGAAUGGAUAUAAGUAAUCUCGCACUUCGUGUAACGCAGGCUUCUCACUGGGGAUGGACAAGCGCCGACAUCCGUCUAACCCCCGACCCAGAUUGUGCUGGCACAAUCUUCUCCUUGUCGUGCUCACUCAGCCCGUCUUAUCCCUGCCCAAGCCAUGGCAAGCACACCGAAGUCAGCGAAGCCUGCACAAGGCAGCGCUGGGCAACGGUCCAAGAGUAGUACCACUGCGGGAAGUAGCAACUCGGAGGCAGACGACACCAUCUCCUUUCGCCUGCUAAAUGAGGGUGACGAUCCCCUCGCCAACCCACACCUGGUGGAAAAUGUCCCCUCCAGGGACCCUCGCUACAGGGCGGUUGCCGCCUGCAUCAAGCUUGCCUUCGCCCUGCUUCGCGUCGACGACGCUCAGUGCCUGACCGAGAUGGGCAAGGAGGCCGUGAAGGACCUGGACUCGCGGUUUGCCCUUUUUCAUCAAUCUGCCAGCAAAAUGUCGGAUUGGACCAUGGCUUGGUGGUGCCGGCUCAACAUGGAGUUUGUGAAGGUGCAGUUGAACAACAGCAAGCCGUGUCUAGGCUGGUUUGAACCGUCCAGCAAGUGGGCGGCUAGGGGGAGGGAUCGCUGGCAACCCAGCGACGCGGGCGUUAUGUUUCUCAACAAGUUUGCGAUUGAGUCUAUGGUUAUGGCCAAGGCGGGAAACACUGCGGCGCACCGGGAAGCAUACGAUCGCUUCCUGUUACUCUUCGGCAUUGCCAUAGCGCGCGGAAUGGUAACCUGCUUCCUGCGCACCCUGGUGAGACCGGAAGUGCCGAUUGAAGGCCCCAAAGGCCUUGACCCAGGCUGCAUCUGGGAGUAUCGUGUGCUUGGAGGAUUCAUCAAGAACCUCGAAGCGCCGUGCCAUGCCCUUCGCGACCGCCAGGCUGGAAUGCUGUGGCUCGAGACUUCGGGGCGCGCGCGACAAGUCAAGGCUCCAAGCUUCGGUGGGAUCAUCCCGAAUGUAUUCCAAUUGCCCCUCGAUUUCGUCGGGGAGGCCGUUGCCGCCGGUGAUUUGAGCUACCAGCAGCACCUCGAAAUGGAGCACGUGCGGGAGAAGGCCAAUCCGCGAGCUCGGUCACCAAAGGUAGUCCUCAAGCUCGGCGAGCACAAGAAAGCCGCUCCGGCCCAGAGCCAUUCAGCAGGCCAUCAUCAUAGCAGCAACGUCUCGGGUGGCGGCAGCACUUCUUCCUCGACGGGUAACUCUACUAAACCGCAAGCGGGACCGAACACCGCGGCGGCCCCCGCAGCUACCGGCAGAACCCUGCGGCAGCUUGCCACAGCCAGAUACAAGUCACCGUCAGACAACAACACAGGCCAGCCGAAUGGGAGGCCGAAGCUGGCCGGUAAUCCCGCGGGGUUGUGAUCCUUUUCUAACUAAGAGAACACCUGCAGUUGAGGGAGGGAACCUUCAGAUCAGCCUAACGCUUGGUAGUCUCUUGGAGCAGGGCACAGGAGGUCUCUGGAAGCCGAACGCAAGCCUUCAUAGUUGGUAUCUGCCCAAAUGAACGACCGAGCUUGCUACGGCAGAGGCCCAGGAUGAAGAUGAAGUCAGGCCAUUCGGUGUUUGGUAUGCGAGCUGAAG